CCUUAUCAGAUCAUGUCACCCAGAGCUGAACUCCUCCGCUCCCCGGACACCAUGAGGCUCCUGCUGCUCCUGGCAUCUGUGACUAUCGCUCAGGCCUUAGUGCACGUCCCCCUGAUCAGAACUAAGUCCCUGAGAAGGACUCUACAAGAACAUGGUCUCCUGGGAGAAGUCACCGCACACGUGCCCGAUCUCUACUGGAAAUACAACACCGAGGACCAAGGAGCGGCCACCGAACCUCUAGUCAACUACAUGGAUAACCAAUAUUUUGGGCGUAUCUCCAUUGGCACCCCUGGGCAGGAGUUCUUGGUGGUGUUUGAUACUGGAUCGGCCAACCUGUGGGUGCCCUCCGUCUCCUGCUCCAGUAUGGCGUGCUCAAAUCACCAUAAGUUUAACCCUCAAUUGUCCUCCACUCUCCAAACUACUGAUGAAACCGUCUCUAUCUCUUACGGGACGGGAAGCAUGAAGGGGGUCCUGGUCUACGACACUGUGCAGGUGGGGAGUAUCGUAACCACAAAGCAAGGACUUAUCCUCAGCGAGACCGAGUCCUUCUUCCUUUAUUACUCCCACUUUGAUGGUAUUUUGGGUUUGGGUUACCCCAGCCUCUCCGUGUCUGGAACAGCGCCAGUAUUUGACAACAUGUGGAGCGAAGGGUUAAUACCUGAGGAUGUCUUCUCUGUGUAUCUCAGCAGUAGUAAUAAUAACAGUGUGGUGGUGUUCGGAGGAAUCGAUGACUCUCUAUACACAGGAAAUCUUCACUGGGUUCCUGUCACACAUGAGCGGUUCUGGCAGAUCACCAUAGAAAGCAUCACUCUCAAUGGUCAGGUCUAUGCCUGUCAGCAGGGAUGUCAGGCAAUCGUAGACACUGGGACAUCUGUUAUUGCCGGACAUCCAGAGGGGAUAGGACGGAUCCAGAAAGCCAUCGGUGCGGUGCCCGACGUCUAUGGACUGUACCAUGUGACCUGUGACCACGUCAGCUCCCUGCCGGACAUGAUCAUAACUAUCAACGGGAUGGAGUACACUGUACCGGCAGCGGCUUAUAUCACCCAGUUCUCCGGAUCCUGCACCAGUGGCUUCCAGACGACUUCUGGUCCUUGGAUCCUUGGCGAUAUCUUCAUCCGGGAGUAUUUUGUAGCGUUCGAUCGCGGCAGUAACAGAGUUGGCUUCGCCCCGGCUGUGAAGUCCUAAGUUUUUAUACCAUCGCUCUAUAGCGGGUUCUUAGAUGGUGUCAUAACCAAAGGUUGUCUACUGAGUCUGCAAUAAACAUUACA